AUGGCCAAUAACGGCACCGGAAUGAUACAGAGCGGUGUUUUCGAGAGUCUACAGCGUAAGAUAGACGAAGAUACAGCCGUCAAAGACGCGCUUCGUGAUAUUGUGCAAGAACUCGAGAAGCAAGAUCGCGUCACCCAAGCAAUUCUAUCAAGAUCACAUUCGACCGCCACAGCAGACUUACCAAGCGUCCUCAGCGCAGCGCAAACCAAUAUUGAGAAAGAAGUUGUCACGAUACAGAGGCUGUCUGAAGUCGCUUCGAAACAUCCUUACUACAAGUUCAACUAUGCCUGGACGAGACAUGUUCAGGACGCUUGCUUCUCUAUCCUCUUCUGUGGAUGGCUAGGUGGCUUCGGUAAGGGUGACACCGGACAGUUACUGAACAUGGAAGAAGUGGGCAGCAUCAUGGGUGUACCUGUCAAUGUCAAGGACCGCGACACUUUCCAUCUCACAAUCGAAGAGUACCUCCUUGCACUGAUAUCUUUGGCCGAUGAGCUCGCUCGCCUAGCCCGUAACUCAGUCACACUUGGGGACCACCGCCGUCCGCUUCAGAUCUCUCAGUUCAUCAAGGAUGUCCAUGCCGGCUUCCAAAUUCUCAAUCUCAAGAACGACACCUUGAGGAAGCGUAGUGAUGGGCUGAAGUACAAAAGCAGAGAAGUCGAAGACGUGGUCUACGAUCUCAGCUUGCGUGGGCUACUGCCCAAAGACUAA